UGUCCAUGGUCGCACUGGGCCAAACGCGAAUGGCGGAUCGUCCGGAAUGCCACCGCCAAAGACGAGACUUUCAACGCACCAAAGGAAUCUUAGUUUAGAUUUUAGAUCAAUGGGAAUUCUCUUACCUCCUGUGUCGCAGGUGACAAACAAUCGCAUCAACAUGACCCAGCAUCAUCGUAAUCGAAGUUUAGAUAGCGCAUUGCAGCGAAUACCGGAGGUCGAGGUAUCCUCCCCGAGUGCGGAAUCGGAAAAUACCCUACACUGCACGAACGGCAUCCUGAGCGGCACGAUGUGCAGCAAAAUCAUCCAAUCCUCGUCCACCAACCCGACCAAUACACCCAGCAAUAGUGGCCGCGGAACCUCAGCGUCCUCCGCCAAAUCGAUCGUUGACUGUGCGAGAAAAGCCACCAAUAUGACCGCGGCUGCUGGCACAUCCGUAAGCAAUACACACCACCAUCAGCCCAGUAGGCAACAGAUAAGCAGAAAACUCGAUCUUCUCGAGCAAGGUGCCGCGUUAAGGACACUGAAGGGAAACCUACCCACGGACGCAGAAACGAUCGUUGGUUCGAUCUCGAAGGACAGUGACAGCAAAAAGCGUGAAGAUCUGACUAGUCUCGGGUCGGAUGAUUCGGGCAUCAUUUGCGGUUCGGAACCAGACCACACAUCGCUGACGCGUAUUCGUCGGUCACGAGAAAGCCUAGAUUCGGGCGAAAUCGAUCCGUCGGAGGAAGAAUGCAUCGAGAUCCUAGAGACCACGUCCAUGGACGAGGAGUACCGAAUGCUACAAUCCGAUCUGUGCUUCUAUCCGUCAUCGAUGGAACCGACGACGAAAGAGGACCCAAACGGGGGUGCAGAUGGAGAGUCGCUGGACGGAAGCGUCGAAUUACAGUCCCAGCAAGCCACCCUAACGGCAGGUGGCUCGAAUGUAGGCCCGGUCAGCGAUAAAAUGCGAUACCGGCAGCAAAAUAUGACCCGCGCCGCCAUCAUGCUUGAAAAGCUCUUCAUUCCGAUCGAUUACGAGGACACCACGCCGCCGGCUCGAACGGAAAGUGUCGAGCAGCUCGAGCGCGAUGAGUUGCUGCAUGCGCAGGACACCCCGACACCGAUCGUGGGUGAGGCGAAAAGCUUAACCACACCGACCAACGCCCUUCCGGGUUCGCUCAUCGUGCCAACGGCGGUUGUUGCCGCAUGUUCCGGAGACGCGGUUCCGGCGGCCGGGACACCAAAACCUGGGGAAACCCCGAAAGCGGACCAAAAGAACGAGGUGAUGUUCCGGAACUUCUUCGGUGCGACGAAGAACGCGAUCUUCCGAACGGCUCAAAGCAUCAUCGAUAAUCACGAAAAGAAGCACGCGAAACAGCGGGAAAAGCAAGCGGCCACCUCGUCGGGGGAGGAUGCAGGCACUGCGACAGUGGGCAGUGGAGCGGCAGGUACGCUGACUGCAAGUGGGACGACGGUUGCGACGGCGGUGGUAAAGUCCCCGACGGAUAUUGUGCGAAAGCGCGAGUUUGGCAGCAUGUUUGCGAGAAGCAGCAGUAGCAGCAAACAUCACCACAACCAGCAACAGCAGCAAAGCAGUAGUAGUGCGGUAACACCAACAACGACGAUGACACCCUCAUGCUCGAUGGAAUCCGACGUAACGUCCUCAUCGACGGAAAGUGCCCAGCAACAGCUCGCCAUUCCCAAACCAUCGCUAUCGAAAUCGUCCUCGACGGCGUCACUCAAAGUGGUGCCGGGAGUUGCCGUGGCAGCGAUAAUCAGCGCGGCCACACCAUCAUCCUGCGCGAGCUGUGGUCCCCGCGAGGAAUCACAAAUCCGCACGGAACGAACGGGACAGAGCGGGUUGUUGCGCUUCUUCGAAUCGCCCGUCUUCAACAUCCACUUUGCCGUCCAUUAUCUGUUCUACUCGAAAGAGCCCGGCGUGCUGAGCUUCAUCGGGAACAAGAUAUUCAGCUUCCCGGACGGCGAGGUGGACCUGUACAUUCCGCAGCUGAUCGUAAUGUACAUGCAGAUCGAGGAGCUGUCCGAGGUGCUCGAUCCGUACCUCGUGUACCGCUGCCGGCAGUCGGUGGACUUUUCGCUCAAGUGCGUCUGGCUGCUGGAGGCGUACAACUUCAACACGGAGAUGCUGAGCAGCGCGAGCAACAACAUACGCAAGCACCUAAGCUUGCUGCGGGAGUUGUAUCCCAAGCGGGAGCGCGUGAAAUUGGCCACGAAUGCUGCUGCUGCUGCUGUUCCGGUUGCCAGUGGUGGUGGUGUUGAUGCGCUACCACCGGGAGCUACUGAUCCGGUUCUGCACGCUCAUCCUGCACUUUCGGCUGUGCGUAAAACGCACCAUCGUUCGCAAUCGGACGCCACCGGUAUGAUGGGUUUGCUGGCACAGCAUCAUCAUCCCGUACACCUGCAGCAUAACAUCCUACAUCCAGCACCGACGGCUGGCCUUCCGGGACCGAGCAAUCGAACGCCAGUGUGCCUGGGAGAUCUAAGCACGGGUCGUGCCUUCGACAAUGGAUGCGUGUGUUUCGAAUCCGUCCGUGGCACGGUGAACGAUCUUCUUGGCCAACAGACGGUGUGCUCUUGCGGUGCCCCAAAGCUAGCACCCGAGAAAGAGUUCAUGAAGGCGCUGAUCGACAUCGGCAAAAUGCUCACCUGCCUGCAGACGAAGAUCGAGAAGACGUCCCGCUUGCGCAUCCUGCUGAAUCUGAUCAACAAGAACCUCCCGGCGCGGGUUUGGUUGCCACUGCACUCGGAAACACCGCAUCACGUGGUGCGCAUCACCGAAGAGAAGACGGCCGUGCUCAACUCGAAGGAUAAAACGCCGUACAUCAUCUACGUGGAGGUGGUCGAGGUGCACGACAUCUACACGUCGCCCGUCAUCCCGAAGCUGAUGCCAACGUUGCGGCAUACGAAGAGCGAAGAACGGUUGGAUAGCAGCAUGAGCAGCAGCGGGCUGAAUGCGCUCGAUUGCAACCCCAAUAAGACUGAAACGAGCUGCCUGUCGAAGGUGGAAGGUGGUCAGAGUCAUCCGAUCGAUGAACCGGUAUCGGAAGCACCACCGACGGUGGAAUCGGUGCCGUCAACGGUUGUGGCCAGUUCGAUGAUAGUGACGAGAAACCGGCACAGCAAGCUGUCCGAGUGUUCGGUGGAGAAUGGUGGUGGCGGUGGCAGCAUGAUGGAGCUUGGCCUGACGGAGGAUGAUGUGUGGUCGCAGGAGGAUGAUGAGAUUACGGCGCAAUAUCUGAGCCUCACCAAGAUGUCGAGUGAUCGGGACGCAAUAUCGCAGUUCUCGAUCGAUUCGUACGACUCGCGUGAGCAUCACACACCGACACUGUUCAACAUCGGGGAGGUCAAGAAACGUCACUGUGCCAAUCUGAACACGGAAAAUGCGAAACCUUUCAGCAACGAUCCGUCGGAUCCUUCCGCUGCAGCGCUAAAGGAACCGUGGCACGAAAAGGAGAAACAAAUCCGAGAAUCGUCACCCUACGGGCACCUGCAAAACUGGAAGCUUCUGUCCGCGAUCGUCAAGUGCGGUGACGAUUUGCGCCAGGAGCUGAUGGCCACCCAACUUCUGCAGAUGUUCAAGCUUAUCUGGGAGGAAGAAAAGGUCGGUCUUUGGGUGCGCCCGUACCGGAUCGUUUGCCUGUCGAACGAUUCCGGGUUGAUCGAAACGAUCGUCAACACGGUCUCGCUGCACCAGAUCAAGAAGAACUCGAACAAAAGCCUGAAGGACUACUUCAUCGACGAGUACGGUGAUGUCGACUCGGUUGCGUUCCGCCGGGCGCAACGGAACUUUAUGCAUUCCUGUGCCGCCUACUGCCUGAUAUCUUACCUGUUGCAGGUGAAAGAUCGACACAACGGAAACAUCCUGCUGCAUUCCGAUGGCCAUCUGAUUCACAUCGACUUUGGCUUUAUCUUGAGCAUAUCGCCCAAAAAUCUCGGUUUCGAGCAAUCCCCGUUCAAGCUGACGCCCGAGUUCGUGGACGUGAUGGGCGGUCCCGAGUCGGAGUUGUACUGCGAGUUCAAGUACCUGCUGCUGGAUGGGUUGAAAGCCGCCCGCAAGCACAUGGACCGGAUCAUCAACAUCGUCGAAGUCAUGCGAAGCAGUUCCCAACUGCCCUGCUUCAAGAACGGCUGCUCGGGCACGGUACGCAACCUGCGCAAUCGGUUCCACAUGAACCUAACCGAGCAGGAGCUCGAACGGAAGGUGGAACAGCUGAUCCAGGACUCGCUGAACUCACUCUCGACCAAGCUGUACGAUGGCUACCAGUACAUCACGAACGGUAUCUUGUGAGAGCGAUUCGACAUGCACAUCUAAGCAGCAACACACAAGUACAAAAAAAAGGAAACGGAACCGAACGCCGAUCGCGCCUGGAGAAACCCUCUCAUAUGCAGUGCGGGAAUGCGCUUUUGCUGCUUCCGGUUUUGCUGGUUGUACGCGUGCGUGCGUGUGGCGCGGUGCAUUUUUAUUCGUUUUCCCCGAACGAUAGACAAUUCACAGUGGGGGGAGCUGUACCGGGAGGGUGUGUGUGUGUGGGAGUACGCCGCUUGUUG